AUGAUCAUAUUGAUAAUUCACUUAUAUAUUCUUCAACAAACAUUCCAGGACCUGGCUUGUACUUCAUGCCAAAAUCGAAUUGUUCAACUUGGUCCAAGAAUCGGUUUACGUAUUACUCACUGCAACAAAGGCUAUGGAUUAUAUACCGAUAUUGCUAUUGAAAGAGGACAAUUUGUUUGUGAAUAUGCUGGUGAAAUAAUUGAUUUAACUGAAGCACAGAGACGUUCAAAUUCAGAUAAUGAAAAUUAUAUAUUUGUGAUAAAUGAAUAUUUUUCUGGUCACGUAACGACUACCGUAAUUGAUUCCACAGUUAUUGGAAAUAUUGGUCGAUAUAUUAAUCAUAGCUGUGAACCCAAUUGCAUGAUUGUGCCAGUGCGGGUUGAUUCAUUAAUUCCAAGACUAGCAAUUUUUGCAAUUAAAGAUCUUCAGUGUAACGAAGAAAUAACAUAUCAUUAUGGGGGCGAAGGAUCUCGACCUCUAAAUAAUUUGUCCGAUGUUAAAUGCUUAUGUGAAUCAUUUAGUUGUAACAGAUUUUUACCUCGUAAAACAGGGUUAUUUUAA